AUGGCAUUUAUUCUGUAUCUGAUUGGACAUCUUUUGGCUGCAAAGUACAGUGGGGAAGCUCCUGGCCUUGGAGAAGAGAGGAGGGGAAAAGGGGUGGCUUUUCUGGAUACCACAGAGCUGCCUGCAAGGUCGGUCGAUCUGUCUGCCCUGAACCUGACAGAGCUGGUGAAUGGAAUGCUGAAUAGAGCUUAUUUAAAAGAUACCAAGUUCUUCUCCUUGCUAAGCAUCACUUCCUACAGCUCCUUUGCCUUCCACAAGUUUUCUGUGGCCAUUUACAACAUUUCCAACCUGAAGACUGUGGACACCACCAGAUUCCCCACUCGGUACUGCUACUGUCUGAACAACAGGACCAAUGACUUGUCAGAUUUCACAGCCCUACUGGUGGACGUCAUUGGAAAUUCUACCAGCUACCUCACAGAGAUUUUUAAGUCAACUUCCAUCCUCUCAGGAACUUCCACCCAUGGCACACAGACCCCGAGUCCAACCAAGGCACCGGCCCCGAAAUAUCCACAGACAGGUGACCUUCCUGCGGCAUGGCCAUUUACCCCUGCAGAAGAGCCAGCCCUGGUCCCAGGACCCCACCGAGUCUCAAGGUGUCCUCAGCUGAUCCUCGAAGAGGGGGCCAUCACCACCGCUCCCCUCACCCUGGCCAUCCAGAAGAUCAACCCUUGCCUGAUGGAGCUGUGCCGCUUUUUCCAGCAAUGCCUCUGCAUGAGCCGGAAGAGAGAGGCCAGGACGGAGGCCAUGAGGUACUGUCUUGAAUACUAUUCCUGGUUUCUGAAGAAUGCAACAUACCUCUGUCAGAGGGUGAAAAGGGUGCCCCACUCCCACACCUUAAAACAAAAAUGCCUCCAGAAUAUCUGCCAGUCAGUGUGA